UUAUUACUUGUUUUCUGUUAUCAUUGAUUUGGUUGCCCUGCAGCUUAAACAUAAAAUAUCGAUUUGUUUCAUUUAUUCUCAUUGGCUAGGUUAAAAGUAAAGGUUCAUAAUUAAAGUUAAUUGUACAAAACAAUGUAUAAAUCGAUGACCAGUGUAUUAUGCAUCAAAUAUAGAGCUCCAUAGUUUCGUAUACUAAUGAAGUGAAUGCUUAAUGUAUACAUGCCAGGAUCAAUCGAGGAUUAAAGAACAUCAUGAAUAGAUAUGGACUGAGCUAGAUUACUUACCAUUCUGAAAGUUAUAUCGAAUGGUGGAAUAAUGAAGGAAAUAUGAAUUCUGCGAUACCAAAAGGUGAUUCAACCUGAAUCUAGAUGCAUUUUGACUGAACUUCAAUGUAAGAUGGAUUGGAGCACUAUUGUGGCACUUAUUGUUACAACAAUAGCAUCAACCAUGACAUUGCUUUUGCUAUACGAACGACAAAACCAUUCAAACAAACAAGAUACAGACUACAAUACUGCCCGAUCGGCUCGUGAGCGUCUUUCUACUUAUGUUUUAGAUGACGUCAGAGAAGAGCGCAUGAAAUGGCGAUCCAAUUUGAAUGAUCUCAAAGGAACAAUUGUGGGAGUUGAAAAUGCUAUCCAAGCAUCAAACCUAGAAAUGGUGGUUGUGGUCGAUAUUCUGAACUUCUAUGAAAAGUUGCUGAAGGGAACCCAAAAUGUUAAUGCAAAACUAAAUACGGAUUUAAAAAGUCUGUUCACCUCAGUCAGGAAAAUGACUGACAUUGUUGGUGAUAUAAAAGUAAAUGAAACUCGUGUACUCACCAAUAUGAAUGCUCAAUUAAGAGUCAUUAAUACAUACGAUCAAAGAAACAUUUCUUUUAGCUCAUUAGCUGGUCUUAAAAAUAAACUAAAAUCAUAUCGACAAAUGGAAACAAUGAUUGGAAAUGUUUUCAUUGAUGUUAUUGACGGUUUACAUAAAGUAUUCACGUGCCUUUCUAUCAAACAGGCUCGCCCAAACAGGACGGGUGAAAUAUCGACAGAGGAGAUGUCAUAUAUAUCUGAUAUUUCCAAAAGUCUUCAGGAUCUAGCAAUCGUGCUCAAUGUUUCUGUUAAAGCAAUAAAGAAUGUGUGAUGUGAAAUAACUUGAUGUUGUUGGUGGUUUUGAGGAUCUAGACCUACAACUGGAGAAUCAUAUAGAAGAAUUCGUUUUAUAAACAGAUAUUGCUUAAUUUUAUCUUUCUUAUGGAAUAAGUUAAACAAUAAUUUGUUUCUUUCAACUUUUCUGACAAAUAGGCUAACAUGUAAUCACUGGUCUUGCUUCAAGAGUAGACUGUGGACCCCCCCCCCCCUCUUAUCUAGGGGACAGCGGGG